AUGCAUUCGUUCACUGUCCCUUCAUUCUUUGGUGCUGCCGUUUUCGCAGUCGCCUCAGCCCAAACCACAUACGACUAUGUUAUUGCCGGUGGAGGCACCACAGGCCUGGUUGUUGCGAACAGACUAAGCGAGGACCCGAAGAAGUCUGUUUUGGUGAUCGAGAAUGGCGCCCUUAGCAACAGCACCCUAUCUAGCUUUCCCGGUAACUCUGGCGGUCUUAACCUUGCUGCCAUGUACGACAUAUACAGCGCACCCGUCCCAAACCUUGGCAACCAAACUUUCCUGGUAACAGUUGGCAAUGUCGUCGGCGGCGGAUCCUUUGUGAAUGGAAUGCAGUUUGAUAGAGGUGCCGAUGCUGACUACGAUGCAUGGGGUCAGCUUGGAAACAAAGGAUGGGAUUGGAAGGGGUUGAAGCCGUACUUCAUGAAGAGCAACGACUUCGAUGCGCCAUCCAAGAAUACGACCAAGGCUUUUGGUAUCACCUACGAUGACAAGGCGUACGGUAAGGGACCACUCAAGGUAUCUAUACCGGAUUAUCAGUUCCCGGAUAUGAAGACGAUCUACCACGCUUGGGAUAACGUCGAUAUUCCGCAUCCGCAAGAAGGCUUUGCAGAGCCCGUCGGUCAUUAUUGGUCGCCGAACUCGAUCAACAAAGCGACGGCUAUGCGCAGCACAUCGCGCACUGCGUACUACGAUCCAGUAGUAUCGAGAAAGAACUUGAAGCUUCUGACAAACACUCAUGUCGAUGAAAUCACUUUCUCGAAGAACAGAGUAGGUGUUCUGACCGCCACCGGUGUCAAAUACACACUCAAGAAUACCAACAAGCAAGUUCAAGCUAUUGCUGCCAAGGAGGUCAUUCUGGCCGCCGGUGGUGUGUUCACGCCGCACUUGCUCAUGUACUCCGGAAUCGGACCCAAGGACGUUCUUGCAGCUGCUAAUGUCGCCGUUAAAAAGGAUCUUCCAGCUGUGGGCUCCAACUUCCAAGACCACAUCGCCAACUACAUGAACUUCGACUUGCAGAAUCUGAACCCUGAAAACCAGGGUGCCCUCAACACGGAUGCAGCCUUCAACCAGACCUCCUACGACCAGUACCUGAAGUCACGUACCGGUCCUUACUCUGUCGGUAAAGCCCAUGGCCUCGUCUUCAUCGCACUACAACACUUCGAUUCUGCUUUCAAGAAAACUGUAGCCAAGAUGCGAUCUCAAGUAGCUUCCGAUUUUCUCCCCGAGCGCUAUGCCAAAGACAAAAAGCUUCUCGCUGGCUUCAAAAAGCAGCGCGACAUCCUCGCCAAGCAGUUCUCGGGCACCGACGCCGCCGUAGGUGAGAUUGUUAUCCAGCCCUGGGGCUUCUCCGGUAUCGCAAACAACAAGCCCCUGUCACGAGGAACCAUCACACUCAACAACACACAUCCCGCCGCCUACCCCAUCGUCCAAUGGAACACAUUCCAGAACCCCGUUGACGCAGAUGUCAUGGUAGCCCUUACGCGAUACAACCGCGUACACUGGGCGUCCAAGGAACUCGCACAAUACAAGCCCGUAGAGACGGCGCCUGGCCCUCAAUACCAGACCGAUGAAGAAAUCAUCCAGGGCGGCAUUACUUCGGGUUCGCUUCAACCGACGUUUGCGCAUCCGAGUGGUGGAUGCAGCAUGAUGCCUGAGGAGCUAGGUGGAUGCGUCAGUGAUGAGCUGUUAGUUUACGGGGUGAAGGGAUUGAGUGUUGUGGAUGCAAGCAUUAUUCCGAUGAUUCCAGCAACGCAUUUACAGGCUACCAUGUAUGCAGUCGCGGAGAAGGCAGCAGACAUCAUUAAGAAGAGGGCGUAG